CGGCGACGUUGGCGUCCAAGUCAGAGGCUGUCCGACAACACCGACGAGGCGGUGGGACUCCGGCAGCCCCAUCGUGGCAGUAGCACGCCGCCAACGUUGACAGCACGCCGCCAACACACCACCACUUCAACUUCUUCCGAAAAACGGCCGCCAACUUGGAAGAACCAAAAUGACACUGAUAAAUGACUGGCUGAGUGGAACCCGUUUGGGUGCUUGGAUUCAACGCUGCCGCGAGUCCCGCCGCCUCGUCCUCGUCAUCGUCGCCAUCGCGCUUCUAUUGGACAACAUGCUGCUUACCAUUGUUGUGCCAAUCAUUCCGGAGUUUUUGUACGACAUCAACCAUCCGAACGCUCCUUUGGAUGGCAGGCCGGUUAUCACCACAACCACAACCACCAAGAAGCCUCCUUGUGACAAAUUCGUCAAAAUGCUUAGCCAGUUAAGUCCAGAGUUUAAUGAGUCGCUCUAUGCUACUACUGCUACUAGUUACGUUUUUGCAUUUGGAAGAAGUUACAGUGUGCUAUUCAUUGCAAGAGCGCUUCAAGGCAUCGGAUCGUCUUGUUCCAGUGUAUCUGGAAUGGGCAUGCUGGCCGAAAGAUAUCCAGAUGACAAAGAAAGAGGAAACGCGAUGGGAAUAGCUCUGGGGGGCCUCGCCCUUGGAGUCCUCAUAGGGCCCCCUUUCGGGGGGCUCAUGUACGAAUUUGUGGGAAAAUCGGCCCCCUUUCUAGUGCUGGCCGCGUUGGCCCUUGGCGAUGGACUAUUACAGUUACUAAUGCUGCAACCAUCAGUAGUCCAUCAAGAAUCAGACCCCCCAUCAUUGCGAGCACUGAUCAUGGAUCCAUAUAUUAUGAUAGCAGCAGGGGCGAUAAUUUUUGCCAACAUGGGCAUCGCGAUGUUGGAACCGUCGCUACCCAUCUGGAUGAUGGACACUAUGGGUGCUGAACGAUGGAAACAGGGAGUAACUUUUCUUCCCGCCAGCAUCUCCUACUUGAUCGGAACGAACCUGUUUGGGCCGUUGGGGCAUAAAAUGGGCCGAUGGUUGGCCGCCCUUUUGGGCCUUAUUAUCAUCGGAAUAUGCCUUAUGUGUAUUCCCUUAGCCACUAAUAUCAACCAUCUCAUUGUCCCCAAUGCUGGAUUGGGUUUCGCCAUUGGAAUGGUCGAUUCUUCCAUGAUGCCAGAGCUUGGAUAUCUUGUGGACAUUCGACACUCCGCUGUAUAUGGAAGCGUGUACGCAAUUGGAGAUGUUGCCUUUUGUUUGGGCUUUGCCAUUGGGCCUGCAUUGAGUGGGACACUGAUCAAAAACAUCGGCUUCGAGUGGAUGCUUUUUGGAAUUGCCAUGCUUGAUUUUCUCUACGCGCCGCUGUUAUUCAGCCUGAAAAGUCCACCAACAAAAGAGGAGAAAAAGUCGCUGAUAACAGGAGAUCACUCAUCAGUGCGGUAUGUGACUUACCAAAACGACGAAGAAGACGAAUAAUGCCGUAGCUGAGAACCAUGAGGAACUUGGAGCCUAUCGAUGUAAACAUUGUACAGAAAUAUAUGUGUAUGUAUAAACCCCGUAGUGUUUUCCUAAUUCCAUAUAUUUUUGGCAAAGACAGUGAGGAAUUUUAGGAAUACUACGGGACAAAAUGUACAAAAAAAAUGCUAAAGCGCGCUGUAUAGGAAAACCGAAAAAAAAUCAGGCAUGGAACUGGGACGCAAAAGUUAAUUUAUCUUAAGUUAAAAAAAUGGUAUUUAUUAUAUGUCUGGCUAUCUAUAUCUACGCGAAUAGAACAAGCUCUCUUGGUAUUUACUUAUGGAUGGAAGUACCCAGUAAACUUUCAGAAAUUAACUUGUUCAGGGCCCUCGUUUGAAAUCCUAGUGAAUGGCUGCACUGGAUUUGAGCCCGAAUAUAAGGGACGAGGCAAUAAGAGUCCCUAGUGCUCAUUUGGCUAUUGAAUUUACAGAAAAAAUGAACCUGUACCAUGUGCUUCCAUCUACUUAUACACCCAAAUGAUUGUCAUAUAAGGUAUAUUUGAUGUCUAUUUACCCACUAGUGUAUUCUAGCAACUAAAGUUGACAAAAAUCAUUCAAUGAGAAUUGCUGGGCCAAUCAAAAACGCCAUUUACGUGGGACUGUGUCAAAGUGCUGCGCAGAGGCUUCUUGUGCGUCUUUAAAAGUUAAAAUUCUGAUAGAUGGACUGUUUGAAAGGUUUUAAAUUUUAAAGACCAGUCUCGACUACCAGGGAUGAUUGGAUAAGGGACCUAAUAACUAUAUGAAAAAAUUUGUUCGAUUAUUAAUGGAUGUAUUUCUGCUAUCAAUUUUCGCGUAAGUCCAGCGGGUACAAUGUUUUUACUUCAACGGGAGAACACCGUAUCUCCUUGGAAGGUUAUUGUGAAUAGACAAUAAUCCACAAAAGAAAUCCUGACCAACUCAGUUAGUUUUACGUUGAUCAUAUUUUAAGCUGGUGAGGGUCCGAAAUACAGGGCAAUAUCGUAAAGAAAAUAACUAAGCGAUUUUUGCUGCUUUAAAUCAUAUAGAUAGCAUAAUGUGUAGGUACAUGAUAGAUGAUUUCGUGGGGGACUAGAGUUUGUGUUCGUCCCCCACUUAGGCAAAUCUAUAUUGCAUGUUAGAUGUUAAAAAUCAAAUUAGUCUAUCUAAACUAGCUAAUAUCUAGCCAAUUAAACUAGCAUACAACCAAGGUAUAUCUAAAUGUUUUGCUGUAAGGAUCUGUUUGUGGUGAACUAUAAUAAACUGAUACAAAACUCCAA